AUCUAAAGAUUUUCAUUGUAAUCUAGGUCACAUCAAAUACAACUGUGGAGGGCAAAAAAAUUGCCUGAUUUAUUUAAUAAGUUUCCCCUGAAAUAUCUUUAAAUGAGACUACUAAAGUUUAUAAAUAUUGGAGAAGGAAAAGUAGAAAUGAUGAUAAUAUUAUUUUUUUAAAAAUGAAUUCUCAUAUGUUUCUUUUUUUUUUUUCUUUUGUUAUAAUAGAAUGUGGAUAAAAUAUAUAUCUUCUUUUAUAGAAUAUAAAAGAGACAAACAAUAACUCUACAUCUUUCCUUGUAAAGCAUUGUGAAGCUAUCUUUUUUUUCUCAGCUGACGCGCAUACUUUAAAAAAUUGUAGACAAAUUUGUACGAAAAAAAUAGCUGAUAAUAGAGUGUGCUUAAUUUACGGAAAUCCAUAAAGUAAAAUUUAAUUGAUCAAUCAGAACAAAUAAGAUUUCUUUAUUCUUAUUAGUCAAUUAGAAGCUACUCUAACUUUUAACUCACAGGUAAUAUUUCUAAACGCAUUCUAAGAGGAGAGCAAUACAAAAUACAAUACGAUUAUCGAUUUUGGUUUGAAAUUGGCGGCUUCAAGAAAAUGUGUCAAACUCGAUCAAAAAACGAGUAUACACGAGUACAGAAAAAAAAUCUAAAUAUCUAGAAAUCUAAAUACGCUAACAAACUUUAUGCUCGCUAUACGCACCAAUUGCUCAAUGAUGAACGAAGAGGCUGAAGUGGUAGAGCAUUUUUUUGGAGUGUAUCUACUGUAUUGCACUAAUCCAAAGUAUCUUGGUAGAACUUAUAUAGGUUACACUGUAAAUCCAAGGCGCAGAAUUAAGCAACAUAAUGCUGGUAAAAAGCAUGGUGGGGCUUGGAAAACUAGCAAGAAAGGUCCAUGGAACAUGGUCUUGAUUGUUCAUGGAUUCCCUAAUAGCACUUCUGCACUUAGAUUUGAAUGGGCUUGGCAGCAUCCACAUGAGAGUAGGCGGCUAAAACAUAUUCCCAAGAAGAGGUCAUCGCAAAAGAAGUUUGAUUUCUGUUUAACAAUUCUGUCUGAAAUGUUAAAAGUUGGGCCUUGGUGCCGUUUACCUUUGACAUUGCGUUGGUUGGACUAUGAAUUUUCUAAAGGCUAUCACGGAUGUAUAUCUUUACCAUUACAUAUGCCUAUAUGCUAUGGCAAAGUUAUCAGUUGUAAAGUUAAACCAAGACAAAGAACAGAUAAUAUUUUAUUGCAAGAGUCACUAAUAUUUUGUUUUCUUUGUGGCUCAAAUAUAGUAAAGAAAGAUUCUGUCGCUUGUAUAGAACCGAGUUGCCUUUUGAUUGCACACUUAAUCUGUUUAGCAAAAGUAUUCAGAAAGGAUGGAAUGAUCUUACCGAUUGAAGGUAUUUGUCCUACGUGCAAAACUAGUGUUCUCUGGGGAGAUCUUAUAAGAAAGAAGAACGGAUGCUAUCAAAAUCUUGGAGAGAUUAAGAGUGACUUUUCUUCUAGUGAUAGUGACAUUUAGUAGUAUAUUAUGAUACAGGUGCAUUAGUGAUUUCUAUUUGGUGGACAUUAUUGUGUAAUUAGCACACGCCAAACCGUUAGUAGAACUCGUACGUGAUCAAGCAAUACAUUCACAUAGAAAUAGUAUUCAUAAAUUAUAUGCAAAGAGAACAAACGUGUCAAAAAUUACAUUUUCCUUCUUUUUCGGUCACAGACGGUUCGUAUAUUGAUUUUCUCACACAUUUAACCAUAAGUAAUAUAAUGUAUUAAAAGUUAAAUAUUAUCAUACAGAUAAAUAUAAGUAUAAGCAUAAUUUUUAAAUAAAACUAAAAAUACGGCGAUGUAAUAAGAAUUUUAUUGCUAUUUACUUUAUCGAUAAAAUAAUACGACUAAUCGACGACUUUUCCUUUGAUUGUAAAGAAUGCAAUUUGAUGCCGCAAAGUGAUGCUUUGUCUUUUCUCUAAAAGUUUAUAUAUAU